CACAGUUUAGUUCCUAUCCAUAUGGCACGCUCUCCCUCUCCCUCUCAGCGGUGGAGCACUGUUAUUGAUGUUUUUUUCCUCGACAUUUCCAUGGUAACUGCCCUGUCUAAGGUCUGAUUAGCAAGCAAGGAGUGGAACAGAGUGUAAGAAUGGAGCUGGAGGAGAAAACCCCCGACUCUAAAUACGGGGAGUCAAGGAAGUUUGAUCCAACCUUCAAAGGGCCAAUUCACAACAGGGGCUGCACAGAUAUCCUCUGCUGCAUUCUCUUCAUCGUAGCCUUAUUGGGGUACUUUGCUGUGGGUAUUCUUGCCUGGUCUCAGGGUGACCCCAGGAAAGUGAUCUACCCCACAGACAGCAGGGGGCAGUUCUGUGGACAAGCUGGAACCCCUCUGGAGAAGAAGCCUCUUCUUUUCUACUUCAACAUCCUAAAAUGUGCCAGUCCUCUGGUGCUGCUGGAGUUCCAGUGUCCCACUACACAGUUAUGUGUGGAAAGCUGCCCUGAUCGGCAUCUGACUCUGGUGAAAGCCAAGUUAGGUGGCAAAGAAGACCGCGAGUACUACCAACAAUUCUGUAAAGAUGGAGUGGAUUUUGCUAAAUUGAGUCCUCCUGAGCUCCUGAGGGAUGGCUUGUGUCCUGCCAUGCUGAUGCCCAGUAAACCUUUCACGCGCCGUUGCCUUCCUGCUCUGGGAACGAUGAAAGGCGGGGUGGUGGUGGUGGGCAAUGAGACCACCUUUGACGCUGGACAGGGUGUCAACAUCAAUGCUACAGAGGUGCUGGAGGCAUCCAAGAAAUCAAAUGUGGUUGUUGAAGCUCGCCAAGUGGCCAUGAGGAUCUUUGAAGAUUACACUCAGUCUUGGCACUGGAUACUGCUUGGUCUAGUGAUUGCCAUGGUUGUCAGCUUGAUUUUCAUCGUCUUACUAAGAUACUUGGCUGGCGUUAUGGUCUGGGUCAUGAUUGUUCUGGUUAUUCUGGUCAUUGGAUAUGGGAUUUUCCACUGUUACAUGGAGUUUGCGAGUCUGAAGGGGGAGCCGGGUGCUGAUGUUACGAUCCGUGACCUGGGCCUGCAGACGGACUUCUCUGUGUACCUGCAGAUCAGACAGACCUGGCUGGCUUUCAUGAUCAUCCUUGCUAUUGUGGAGGUCAUCAUCAUCCUGCUUCUCAUCUUUCUCAGGAAGAGAAUCCUUAUUGCAAUCGCCCUCAUCAAAGAGGCCAGCAGAGCUGUUGGCCAUGUGAUGUCCUCACUGUUCUACCCCAUGCUGACCUUUGCCCUCUUGGCCGUGGUGAUUGCUUACUGGGCCAUCACUGCUGUUUUCUUGUCCACCUCUAAUGAACAGGUGUACAAAGUGUUCAACAACUCCGAGUGUGAAUACUCACGAGAAACGUGUGACCCCAAGACGUUCAACACCUCUAAUGCUUCGGUUCAGUGUCCUGACGCAGAAUGCCUGUUUGCCUUCUAUGGUGGGGAGACCCUCUACCACAAAUACCUCAUCUUAUUUCAAUUCUACAACGUCUUCCUAUUCUUCUGGUGUGCCAACUUUGUUACUGCCCUGGGCCAGGUCACUCUCUCCGGGGCCUUUGCUUCCUACUACUGGGCCUUCAAGAAGCCUGAAGACAUUCCCGCCUACCCCAUUUUCUCCUCGCUGGGACGAGCCCUCCGAUAUCACACAGGCUCCCUGGCUUUUGGUUCUCUGAUUUUGUCUAUGGUCCAAGUCAUCAGGGUCAUCCUGGAGUACCUGGAUCACAAAUUAAAAGGAGCUCAGAACAAGUUUGCAAAAUUCCUGCUAAGCUGCAUGAAGUGCUGUUUCUGGUGUCUGGAGAAAUGCAUUAAGUUCCUUAACAGAAACGCCUACAUCAUGAUUGCAAUCUAUGGAAAAAGUUUCUGUCCCUCAGCUCGAGAUGCAUUUUUCCUUCUAAUGAGAAACAUUAUUAGGGUUGCUGUUUUAGAUAAAGUGACAGACUUCCUGCUGUUCCUUGGGAAGCUGCUAAUUGUUGGAAUUGUCGGUAUCUUCUCCUUUUUUUUCUUCUCUGGAAGAAUCAAAGCAGUGGAGGAUGCUGCUCCAUCCCUUAACUACUACUGGGUGCCAAUUCUGACACUUGUGGUUGGAUCGUACCUCAUUGCCCAUGGCUUCUUCAGCGUGUACGCCAUGUGUGUUGACACACUGUUCCUGUGCUUCUGCGAGGACUUAGAAAGAAACGAUGGCUCAUCUGAAAGACCUUACUUCAUGUCCCCUGAGUUGCACGAGAUUCUCUCCAAAACAAAAAGGCUGGAGGAAGAUGGUGUUGAUCAAGCAGAUUCUGCAAAACAAGCAAAUGACAUAAAACUGGAAGAGGAGACCCCUCUCCAACAGGAGCCUGACGGAGAGAUCCAGUUGAAACAGCAGACUCUGCUGAAGCAGGACAAUGAAGAGGAACAGCCUCUGCAGACCAAAACAGAUGUAGAAGAGCCGAAAGAGGAGAAAAGUGAAGAACAGAAAGUGAGUCAGACAGAGGAGGUGGAAAAGAAAGAAGAGGUGGGUGCAAAAGAAGAAGCAGGAAAACAGGAGUUGAUACAGGAGGAAAAGACAGAGAAAGCAUCGUCUCCAGCUGAGGAGGCUGUGAAGGAGGAGACUGAAGAAAAGAAAGAGGAGAAAGAAAACAUAAAAGAGGAAAAUCCUCCCCCCACUCCACAGGAAUAGAUAUUUGAUGUCAGGGCAACAAAAAUACAUAAAUAAAUAAACAAACCAAGCUUGGUAAACCUCAUAAAGCAUAAAGAAUGAAAACUGUACCUAGAGCUAUGUGAUAUGGACCUGUUAAAUGUAUGGCAUACAACAAGCUAAACUUCAGAACGCCUGCUUAGAGUGGUGUGCCAUUGUGCUUGAGAAGGUCUUGAUUGUGUUGUGAACGGUAAUGCAGGUCAAAAGCCCAGUGCAUCUCUGUAGCUUGAAAUAAAUGCUCUCUUGUGUUGGUUUUAGAACAGUGUUGGUUUUUAUAUUGUGAAGAUCUGUAGAACAUUGUGAGUGCUGAACCUGUGCCUGAUAACUGUCACUAAUAUUUGUUGUUAGAAUCUUGUUAAUGAAUGCACUACAGAACCACUCAGUACCAUGUUUACAGUCAGAACAAACACUUCAUCAUUGAUAGUGAAUCUUUUUCACUGUUUACAAUAAUACCAGCUGACGCCAAAAUGUUACGGACAUAUUUGAUAUACUGUAUGAAUAUUGGAUCUUCUUUUCCUAUGGAACUUGUACGUAUAUAUACAGCAGUGUAUGUCUUUUAUGUAUUUUUUGGCUCUGGUCUUGUAGAGACCCUUGCCAAGAUGAGAUCCCAUGUAUUGUAUUGCCACCUACUUGCCUUGGUAUUUCAGACUGGUGUAAGUCCUGUGAUUGUGUGGCCAUGACGCAGGAAUCGUGACCUCUCUGCAGACCCUCCGCCCUCCACAGUUGUAUAUUUAACCCACUUGCCCUGCUCUGUCUCUGUCCUCUUUGUAUCCCUCUCUCUCCCUCUCUCUUUCUAAGUGCUGCAUGGUGUUUACAUGGCCUCCUGAAUGCUCUAAACUAACAUCUUAAAUCUCUGGAUGCUUUUGUAUCUUUUAUCUUGUAUGUCACUUCGUGAAAUAUGUAAGCUGAUUUUCCACUGAAAUAACUGAUAACAUUCCGUAUUUAUUGGAUGUAAAUUUCAAUUAAAGCUGAUCGUAUUUAAUCAUA